UUUGGCUGCGGAAGCCCGCGCGUGUGACAGGUGCACUCUCUCUCUCUUUAACGUACACUGACCAGCCAGACGCACGGAAAGUAAACUCGUGCGCACCUUUCUCCACUGUUCCGCAAGAUUUUUAGUUGGACCAGUACCAGCACCGGUGGCACUUAUUCUGCUUUUUACCAGUCCUAUAAUUUAUCAAGAAGACCCUCUUUACCAACAGCCAUGCCCUUGCCCACCGUAUCUGGGCUGUUCAGGCACGCUUUGAGGACGCAGGUGGUCCCUGUCGCCCGUGUGUCUGCCAAGCCCGCGCAGCACAACAUCUCCGCAGGGGAGCAGGCCUUUGCUCUCACAGUCAUGUUUACGACAAUCCUGGGCCCGAGUGGCUGGAUCCUGGCUCACCUGGAGGACUACAAAAAGAAGGAGUAGACGGGUCGUGGCGAGCAGUACAAUGAAAACAUUCGGGGCCUUUUAUAUUAUACAUGUUAAAAUCAACUGAUAAUAAAUACAGUAAAUAUGU